AUGCCUGAUAGUCAAGAUCGUGAAUUUACGAAAUUAAAAGAGUUUAUUAAGGAAGAGAACAAGAGAUUAUCUGAAUAUUUCAUAUCUAGUCUUAAGGAGGAAGUAGCCUUCUUAAAAAAAGACAUUGAUGAACUGAAAGUUGAGAAAGAAAAACAAACUAUUAGAGUUAAAAGACUGGAAACUGAAAAUUCAACACUUCUUGAGGAUAUCAUCCAAGAGUUGAAUCAGAGACUGGAUAUAAGUUUAGUAAAUUCAGAUAUCAGUGGUUUCAAUGUCUUUGGUAAAAAUCCAACAAAUAAAUCAGUAUUGGUAGAAUUCGCAACAUAUUCAGCAAAAAUUAGUGUUCUAAAAAAGUGCAAGCUUCUAAAAGGUACAACGGUGUUCAUCGCCGAAGAUCUAUCCCCAUCUCAACAAGCAGUAAGAAAGGAAUUAUUAAAAUACCAAUCUGAACUCAGGUCGUCAGGUAAAACGGUGAAGUUGAGAGGAAAUAGGCUUAUAGUUGAUGGUCAAUCUAUAACACUGGAAAAACUGUCUAUUACUACUACUAACAAGACUGCUGAAGUUCCAUCUGUGGCGGAGAUCCUCAAAGAUCACGAACUUCCUCUAAAGAAACAGAAGUUAAGCGAAUACCACAAUACUCUAACUCAGCAAAUGCCAUACAACAUGCAGCACAUACAACAAAUAUACGCCAGCCUAGAUCCCGUCUACAUCCAGUGUUUACAAGAAUUCUCCACAGUAAAUAGGCACCUGUCGGCCUUCAAGCCAGUAGUACAAAACAUCAAAGGUUCAAAAAUCCGGCACGCGAAUGCGAUGGGCAGAUACACCACGGACCCUCCAGUGUUACAAAACCCCGAGAGGGUGGUACUGAUGUCUGAGAGUGAGCGUUUUGAACGCAGCUAUCAACCAAACGUAGCACUAGCUCCUCCCGCGCCGAAGAAACACCGGUACGGAAAAGGAGGGAUUGAGUUGGCCAGUACCAAUGCGAAUACGAAUAACGUAGUGGUGAAAACCGAAGUUUCCUCAUCGGUAAGACAAGAGCCAGAUACUCAGUGCACUGGUUUUACGAAAGAAAACCACGUGACGAACGAAAAGCCAGUAGAAUCAGCGGUUUCUGUCGUGCAGAGGCUGAAGUACAAUCCCGAAAUAGAAUUAUCGACUGAUACUGAGGAUAGUGCUUCCGAAACGUCCGAAAAACACGAACUUAGUAAGAUAGAAGAUAUUUUGAAGGGCGUGGAUUCUAGCGUGAAAGAUAAAGUCGUAGAAUUCAUGAAAACGUUGAGUAAAGAGAACGAAAGGCUCGUGCAGGACGCUCGGACGAAGGAAGAGAGAAUUAGAGAUUUAGAACUUAGGAAUAUGAAGUUAUUGAAAGAGCUCAAUACUCUAAAGCUCAAUUCUAAAGAGAAUCACAUUCUCGAAAACGGCGAUCUCAGUCCAAAAAGCAACGAUUCGAUCAACGGUUCUUCCAUUAUUACGUCAUCAGAUAGUAUUUGUAGCGAAACUAAGAACACUAAUAAUUCUUACCACAUACAAAAGAGUGUCAUCGCGUCUGUUGGUGAACAGAAAGAAGUUAUUGUAAAGACUGCUCCCGAAUGAUCUGUAAUUGUGUAUAUGCAGGACUUUUCUUAAUCGUUUCGGACCGAGCAAAAAUUGUGAUUCACGUACUGAUAUUUAUAUUGCAUUCUUUUACAAGAGGAAAGAGGUUGUAUUUUGACGAAAAAGCGCUAACUCACUACAAUUUAUUAUCUACAUUAGAUAUAAACGUGAGUUUCAUCUACGAAUAUACAUUUGAUGUCAUUUUUCAUCUGUCACUUGUCAUACGACACUUCUCAUAUGUCACUUGUCGCAUGUCACUUGUCGUAUGUCACUUGGCAUACCUAUGUCACUUGUCAUCUGCCACUUGUUAAAAUCGUCGUGCUGGUUCAUUUGACAAAAUUAACAAGUCGGGAGAAUUAUCGUAACUUUUAUAGAAAGAUUUAAGUGACAAUUGUUGAAGUACAAUAAUUUUGUAAUGUUUUUUAUAAAGUAUUGUUCAAAUAAUCGCAAUUUUGCAUGAAUUUAAAGUUUGUAUUUUAUUUGUACUGUGACAUAUUUGUAUGUGCCGCAAAUACGUUUACGUAACAUCUACGUGUUGUAGAUAUUUAUCUUGUUUUUUUUUAUUGAGGACAAACGAGUAACUUACCUAAGUAACAUUUGAUAAUAUUUAAAUUUUGAAAUAAUGAUACCACUGCUCAUCUUAGUAUUGUUGAACAGAAUUUUCGUACUUUUUUAACUCAAAUUCCUCACUGUAAACCAAAGCUCAUGGACAUGAGAUUGAGCAGAACCUCUCUGUAUUAUUUUGUACGUUACAAGACAUCUCGUAACGCGAUAGUUCGUAAAGCCACAAAUGGUAACGGCAGCCUGUACCGGCAACAGUUCGUAACGGAGAAAAUUCGUAACUAAAACAGUCCUUAAUGGUAUAAUUCGUAACGUUAAAUCGAAUUAUUCUGCUUAUUUUUGAUAAUUUGGAAUCUAACUGUUACUACGUUUAUCAAACUAACCAACAUCAGGACAGCAACAUUUUUAACACAUUUCAUAUUUCGUAGAGAAAUAUACAGUACUGAGCGCCCUAAAACCGUCAAAAUAACGCAAAAGAUGGAAAUCAUAAUACAUAUGUACAUACAUAAUACAUAAUACACAAUAAACUAGUAGAGGUGGAAAUUAUCGAUAUAAACGUAUAACAUAUAUAACAACGUAUAACAACGAUAUAACAUUACAUUACAUAGUUUCCCUUCCUUAAGGUGAGUAAUACAUACAUAAUUUGUUAAAAAACUUUGGCGUUACGAAUAUGUAUAGUUACGAACUGUCGCCGUUACGAAUUAUUCAUUACCAUUUGUGUGGUUACGAACUGUCUCGUUACGAGAUGUCAUGGAACCUAUUUUGUAAUAUUAAAAUUACCAGCGAUAUUACUUAAAAUAGUGACUUUCUGAAUACGUUGUUGACUGUAGAUUCAGAUUACUUCAGUCCACUGAUUAUUUGUUUACAGCUGGGAUUUUUUUUGUGUUUCGUGUGAAAACAUAAUUUACUUUAAGAAGUUUGUUCUUUAGUGUUAUAUAUAGUCAUCAAUAUUACCAUUGAACAUCGAUGAACCAUUAAAAGUAUCUUUUGUUUUGGAUCAUACCAAUGCAAAUUUUAUUCCCGUCAAUUAAGUAUUCUGUAAUGUUUAUUUCAAUUUAUUUAAAGUCUCCUAACACUAACACUAAAACACAAUUAAUUUAUAACAUUUAUUUAUUUAACCCCACAAAUUUAUAUUCGACUGACUUCUACAAUCUCAUUUAUCUUUAUGUGUAGUUGCUUCAGUCGUUCCGGAACCCCGUGAAAGUUAAACAGCUAUGGAUCGAAUCGUCGCGUAGCAUGUUCGAUCAAAAGCGUAGCAAGGGCUUCGCGUAACAUUGCCUCCUCCUUAAGAGAUAUUUCCUCCUGCAACCUUGUCGGGACUGGAACUGAUUAUUGAUAUCGGCAACACCAUAUUUCGGAGAACAUCCAAUUCAAUUAGCGAUAUUCUAGCUUUGGCAUGUCUAAUUUUUGCGCGUUAUUCACGGCCAUUCCUUGUUUGCUGACUAUAUGACCCAGAUAAUGUGACUUUAUUUUGCACUUCUUGCCAUAAUUCAUAAAUUAUUUAUCUUUAUAUUUUAUGUUCACUUUAACUUAACUGGUUGUUAAUGUGAGCAAAAUAUUUUGAGGUUUUUGUUAACUAUAUAUUAGCACUAAAAGAGCAACUCUUUGAUGUGUCAUGAUAUAUAUUGUCAAUAAUAUAUAAUAAAAAGAGAAGCAAAUUGUUUGGGUCUAAUAAAAUUGUAAUAUUGUUUUCCUAUGAUUAUGUACUAUUACGAACGAAUCACAAAUGCUUAAUAAAUAUUUUCCAAUGUUUUAUAACAUACCGAAAUAUAAAAUUCUUGUUUGAUAUAAACUUUGUAAUUGUCCUAUACUAGUAAUUGUAUUGAACGUUUUUAUUGUAAAUGUACAAAAUCCAAAACAAUUUGUCAAACUUUUUUGUAUUUUUGUAAACACGCCUACAUUAGGUAGUACCUAUGAAAAUGUAUUUGUAGUACCUAUAACACAAAUUAAGUAGUACCGACGAAAAUGUAUGAUGGGUAGUACUUGUACCACAAAUUAGGUUGUACCUAUGAAAAUGUAUUGAUAGUACCUGUAACACAAAUUAGGUAGUACCUAUAAAAAUGUAUUGGUACUACCUGUAACAUAAUUUAGGUAGUGCCUAUGGAGAUGUAUUGGUAUUACCUAUAACACAAAUUGGGUAGAACCGAUGAAAAUAUAUUGGUAGUAACUACAACACAAAUUAGGUAGUACCGACGAAAAUGUAUUGGUACCAUAAGUAUAUAAACUUGGAAACAGAUCCUUUUAGACGUACAGGUUCUUAAUUUGUGAUUGAAAAAGUUGUGCUAAGUAUUAGGAACCUAUACUCGUUUUUGUGAUAUGUAUAAUCUAUACAGGGUGUCCCCGAAAAUAGUGCGUUCCUUUAAGUAUAUAUAGAUAUAAUACACAAAGUAGAACAAAAAAGUCCUAUAACAUUUUCUUCUAAAGUUAACCGUUUCCAAAAAAAAUUACAUUGUUCUCUAUAUAAGUGAACUUUUAUUUUCAUAAAAUUAAAUAAUCUGGUAUCGUCGUACAAGAACUCGUUUGUGACUUUAUAAAUUUAACAUAAACCCCUUGUUUAUUUACCAUUUGAGGUGAUUUUAAGAUUGUUGACACCGGAAAUGUAGGUACCUACCCGCAAAAUAAUUAUUUCUUGCUUUAAUAAUGUGGCAUUUACUAUUAUCUAAAUUAAUGAAGGUGUUUGGAUUAGGGCUCUAAGUUUCAUAUAAAUUAUAACUUAUACUUAAGUAACUAUGGUUUUAUUUCUAAAAUGCAAUUAAUGCACCUAAGAAUUUUUGAUUUUCAUCUUUUGUUACAAAGAAUUUCGUUUUUUUUUUACUUCCGAGUAAUACCAAGAACUCAAAAAUCGUUAAAAAUAAAAACAAGAAUGUGUGUGUACUUUGUACGCACGUAAGAAGUUAUACUUCUACUACAUAUUAUGUGAUUUUUAAGACAAUACCAAAAAUUUUAAAAAAUAAAAGAAUAAAACGCACACAAACACAUUGAAAAAUGCCACAAAGAAAAAAUGAUUUAUGAACAAUAAUAAUUGUUGGCAAAAAUUUUAAAUACGCAUUUUCUGAAAAAAAAAUUAUAUAACAAAUAUACUUACAAUCAUAACAUGCAUAAAAAAAUAAAAAAAUAAAACUUGCAUCGGGAAUUGAACCCUUGAAUUUUGUGCCGCUUUGACUCGUAAUCGAAGCGUAGACUCACUCGUCCAAUCCCACAUUAUUUAUCAUGUGGAAAAAUACGGUAACUGAACGUUUUACUGUUUGACAGUUGUUUUGAAAAUUAAAUUAUUUAGUUUAAAUUUUGUGGAAGAAAAUAUAAAAAUAUAACAAAGCAGUGAGAAAACAAUAUAUUAGAUGAAGAUUGGUAGAACUUUUGUUGGUAAUCAAAUUAAUGUAAAUCAAAGCAUUACAUACCUACUAGAUAAAUAAAUCUACGCCAAAAAAUCAUAAUUUAAAAAUAAAAAUCGAACCUAAUUUGGGAUUUCUCUCUAAAAUCCGCAUUCUUGAGAAAAUAAAUGUAUGUAUUUCAACCUAAUCCAAAUGUAUAAUUACAAUAUGAUUAUAAUAAAAACUACUUACCAAAUUAGAAUGAGUUUUCCUUGUCCAAAAUAGUCCAAAAGUCCAAAAAUAUAGGUAUAUGAAAACUAUUUAAAAAGGCAGUAUAACUAUUAACUAACUUUUGUUUGUUGUUUCUUUUCACACAAAUUUUAAAACGCAACAACCAUAAAUAAUCUAACUACAGCUGUGCCACAGCCGCCAUAUUGAAUAAUUUUUGACAUGUCAUUUGAACAUCCAAUCAGAACAAAGUUAUAAUGCGCAUGCGCCCGGUCGCUAGGUUUUCCCAUGUAAACAUUUACCCUCUAUCGCCGGUAAAGAAGUAUAAACCCAAAAACUGGACAGUGUUGUCUCGAGAAACUAAUAAACUAAUAAAAUCUUUUUGAAUUUUUUGUUUCACAUGAUCCAGUGACGAGUUCUGAUGUCCAUAGCAAAAUCUAUUUUUUAAGGUGUCUGUAAAAAUUUGCCACCUUUGACUUAUUUUUCAAUAUUUUUCCUUUAAUUGUUUUUUAAAUAUUCUUUGAAUUGUACUUAAUAGGCUCAUUUAAUUUAAAAAUAAAAUUACCGUACCAUAGUUUAAAAAAGUCACAAAAAUGUGCUUGAAAUAUCAAUUUCGAACCAUACCCCCUCACCCCAUGUUUGAAAAUCAAACAAAACAAAUUUUUGUUUUGUUUUGUUGAUAUCGGUUUCGUUGAUAUUUGUAUUGCACGUAGUUGCCAGAUUUCAAUUUGCAUAACCAAAUGUAUUUUGGUUUUUUGGCCAAACGGUUGAAUUUAGAAAAAAAGUUUAUAAGACUUUUUUGCUCUACAUGGUGUCUUCUACCUAUACCUUUAAGUGACGCACUAUUUUCGGGGACACCCCAUUUUCGGUACCUAUAUCGAAAAGUAAAAAUUGUCUAACCUCUGUCAUUUUGUAAAGAAUGUCAAUUAGGAUUUUCUCCGAACUGAUGUAAAUUUUUGCUCUGUACUAUAUAGUAUCGUAGGUAUUUCGGACAUGUACAUAUUGUAAAGAAACAACCCGAGGAUUGUCGUACUAGAAUUAUUGUAAACGUAGUUUUGAAAGAAAUAGGACUUUAAUUCGGAGAGGUACUCCCAUGAUAAUUAAGUUGUUUUUUGUCAAUUUUUGUUUUAUUUGCCUUAUACGAAUUGUUUCAUUUUUUAUUUGAUUUAAAUACUUUUAUCACGAAUAUCAUUCCGUGGGACGUUUCUGUUCAUUGCCAACAGUUGCCAGUUUGUACACUGUUCCUCCAUCUCACUUUUUGUCUACCUCUACUCCUAUUACCUACAACCGGUACCUCUAAUAGUCUGGUUGGGUAAUUUUCAUUUGCCCUCCCUCUUCUUCUCUUCUCUUGUUCUCCUGCGCCAUCCAAUUGACAUUUGUUCUUCUGCGCCAUUCACCAUUACCCUCCUUUGUACCACCAAACACUUUUCUCAAGAUUUUUCUCUCACAAAUAUCUAACGUUUUUCCUUUCUGUUGUAAUUUUCACAUACAUACAACACCGUUGAUCUCACUAUUGCUUUGCUACCUUUCAAACAGCAGUUUAUCUAUGCCUCUCUCUCUCUCUUCGUGUCCUCUAUUUGUAACUUUUACUCAAAGGUACUCAAAUUCUGUUACCUUUUCAAAUUUAUACUCUUUCUCUCUCUCUCUCCCUCUCUUUAUCUCUCCCAUUCUUCCUUAGAGUAAUCCAUUUAUUUUCUUCUCCAUUUUCCCCUCUAAUUUUCCAUAUACUUGUUUUUUCUCGAUUUAUAGUCAGGCCAUAUUUUCUAGCUUAUUCUUCAAAUUUUGUUAACAUUUUGAAGUUCUAUUCUUGAACGAGUCAGAAAUUCCAAGUCAUCUGUGAAACCUAUCAACUGUUGUCUUUUGUUCAGAAUCGUACUGCUUUUCUGGAACUUGGCUCCUCAAAUUAUUUUUUCUAGUACUAAGUUGAAUAAGUCUGACGUUAAACUGAUUUGAAAAACUAUGUUCAAAAAUAAGUUGUUUUUUCAGUAAUUUUCUCUUCUUUUGCCUGCAUCUCUCCUUUAGAUUGUUAGCUGUAUCUUUACUUUUAUUGACUCCAUUUCGUUUUCUUUGUAUUAACUUUUGAAUCCAUUUGUGUGGUAUGGUCUGAUAACCCUAUAGAACUAUCUGUAGAUCAUCUGUAUCUUUUGCUAGCAAAACUGUGUGAUCAGCGUAACGUUAAGUUGUUAAUAACCUCUUUGGUAAUUAUACCUUCUGUUCUGUCUUCCUCAGCUUCUCCGAAUAUUUUUUCUGGAUAUAAAUUAAACAAAAGCGGAGAGAGCAGACAUCCCUGUUGAACUCCUCUCAAAAUAGGAACUUAUGGAAAAGACGGAAUGCAAAUAUACCGUCUAUCCAGACCUGUUAUUCAAAAUAACAACUAAUUUCUCAUGUUUAACAGUGUCAAAUGCUUUCUUUUAUACCGAAACUAUUCUUGAAGCGAAACUGAAAUUUGCCAAUGUUCACUUUUGCACGCACUAUAUACCGUCUCUAAUUAUUAGUUUAAACAUUUUUAAGUACCUUUUAGAGCAUUCUUCUAUAUGUGCCGUCUUCUACCAAAGAUUGGUGACCGUCAAACAACAAGUUUCUCUGUUUUUGUGCGCAAUUUCUGGUAUUUGGAACCAUUCUCUUAAGUUUCUCAGCCAGGAUUUUUUCUUUCUGCCCAAACCUUUUCUGUCUUCAAUCAUGCCUUCCACUGUAAGCUGAAGCAGACUGUACUUAUCAUUACGGAACAUUUAUGGCCCAGAUAUGACGCUUUCUUCCUUUUAACAGUUAUUAAUAAUUCCAUCUCUCUAUCCAUUCUUCUCAAUACCUGUGUUAGUCACUCUGUUUGUCCAACGUAUUCUAAGCAUGCGUCAGUACAGCCAAAUUUCCAAAUCCUCUAAAUUUUUUAUAGGUUCUGCUGUUAACGUCCAACCUUCUACUCCAUACAGUAGCGUAGAGAGGGUGUUUAAGGCUUAGGUUGCGUAAUAAGAGCUUUCUCAAUUUUAUGAAUCUAGAUCUUGCUAUUUCAAUUUGGAUCUUAAUCUCUACCUCUGGACCUCUACCAUUUACUGUGUAUCCCAGAUGUUUGAAUAGCUCUACUAUUUCAAAAUGUCUGGUUUCAAUAUGCAGGUCGAUAUUUUGAAUGUUCCAUUUUUAAUCGCCAUAAAUUUAGUUUUCUUUCUAUUGAUCUUUAGUCCAAAUUGAUUGCCUGUAGUAUUUACUCUAUCGAGCAUCAUCUGUAAAUCUUUGAUGUUAUCGGCCAGUAUAACAGUAUCAUCUGCAUAUCGAAAAUUACUUAUUGGUACGCCAUUAGUCUAGAUGUCUUCAUUCCCUUACUCUUCUAACUCUUCUAGUGCCUAUAGAAAUAUUUGUUCCGUACACACGUUGAAAAGCAGUGCAGUGGCGAAAGAAUGCAGCCCUGCUACCCCUUUAGAAAUAAUUAUGUUUUGACAUAGUUGAUAAAAAAAAAUAAUAUUUAUUUAUUUAUAAGUAUAGAGUAUCAUAGUACAACCAAUCAGACACUAUUACCAAUAUGAAUCAUUUUCUAGAAAAUUUUGAUUUUGAAAUUAUUUUUAAUGAACAAAAACAUUUUGUUAUGUUGGGAGUACCUCCUAUUUCGCUUUUUGUAUAUUACGCCUUUGUAGUCUCUCGAGAAAAAAUUUGUUAGGUUUUUCUCCAAAAUUGUUCUUGUUAUGAUUGUUUUAAUUUAUAUUUAGAAAUUGUUACUCGGUAAUAUUUUUUAUGACUCGAAAGUACAAAAAUGGGGUGCAAAGCAUCCGCAUAGAAUACUAUAAGGUAGUGUGUACAAGGCUUACACAGUUAGACUGAAAGUAACUAUAAAAAUGUGGUCACUUGAUAAUACAGUGUACAGUGAAUGAAGGUAAAAACCAACUACACUGCGCGCCAAAAUGAACGCAUAAUUUUAAAAUUAUAAUUUCAGUCGCAAUGAAAAAAUAUUUGAUUGUUCUUUUGUUCUUUAAGGUUGCUAACAUCUGAAAUAACACACUUUUUUUACGAAAAAUGUAUUGCAAUAAAACUACUUAACAUCAUAAAAAAAUGAAUGUUGUGUACUUUGUACGCACGUAAGAAGUUAUACUUCUAUUAUAUGAUUUCAACGAAAUCAAUAUACUUUAAACAGUUUCUCUACUACUUUUCAAAAAAUUUUAUUAAAACAAUACCAAAAAUUAAAAAAAUAAAAGAAUAAAACACACACAAACACAUUGAAAAAUGCCACAAAUGAUUUCUGAACAAUAAUUGUUGCCAAAAAUUUUAAUUAAAUACGUAUUUUCUGAAAAAAAUUAUAUAAUAAUAUACUUACAAUCAUAAAAUCUAUAAAAAAAAAUAAAAAAAAAAUGAUAUAACUUGCAUUGGGCUUGAACCUACUUCCCGUGUAUCCCGCCGUACGAGAGUCGAAGCGAUUUCAAACUGCACCACCUUCGCGUAUACGUCAUGUGGGAAUUUUACACAAACUGAACAACUUUUUGACAUUUUGUUUAUAUGAAUUUUUAUUAGUUUGAUUUUUGUCGAAUUAAAAUACAACGAUAUAUAGAGUAAGAAAACGAUACAUUAGAUGAAAAUUUGUAGAAAGUUUGUUCGUAAUCAGAUUAUGUAAAUUAAAGCAUUGCCUACUAGGGGUAUAGCAUAGCAAGUACUAGGUAAGUACAUUAUUUUUUUUUACAUUUUCCAAAUAGGUAUGAAGAUAAUUUUUUAUUGGAAUACAACUGAAACAUUUAGAAUUACGUACCUGUGGCUUUUCAAAACUAUUUAAAAAGUCACUAUAAUUAUAAAUUUGAUUUUAUUUCUGUCCUCACAACAAUAAAAACUAAUUAUUAUACAACAUUUUUGUUUACCGAUAACCUCCAUAUUGAACAAUUAUUGACAGAUCAUUUCAACACUCAAUCAGAGCCCGUAUAAAGACUAAUACCAAACUGUCGGUGUGCGCAUGCGCACAGAUCAAUAUAAAUUCACCCUCAAUCUCAAUCGCGCCUAAAGAAGUAUAACUUCAAAAAAUGACUGAUUUGAAAAUGUUUAAUGAUCAAGAAAAUUAAACUAGUAGCGGGUAUGGUCUCCUCUGGCAUUUAUUACUGUUUGACAACGAUCUUUCAUACUGAGAAUUAUCGCUCUUAUUUCAUCUUGAUCAAUUUGAUCUCAAAUUUCAACUAAUAGCGGAAACACUUGAUCUAAUGUAUUUGGUACAUUAGGUAAUUGUCGUAGUCAUCUCCCUACGAUGUCCCAAACAUUUUAUAUUGGGUUCAGGUCGGGACUUCUCGCAGGCCAAACCAUCACAGAAAUCCUCACCUCCUGACGAUAUUGCUGCACAAUUCUUGCAACGUGUGGCCUGGUAUUAUCUUGCGUAAGCAUGAAAUUAUCCCCAAUAAAUGGUGCAAAUGACACGACAUGCUCUUCUAAAAUGUCUAUAAUAGUGAUGUAACGAAUGUCAUUUUUUGAACAUUCGCGAAUACGAAUGCGACUAUCUGCUACCGACAUUCGCGAAUGCGGAUGCGAAUGCGAAUAUUCUGUUUUUUUAAUUUUUGUCUAUUUUUGACAUCUUUCUAAAUUUAUAAUGAAAAGUUAAUUGAUAUUUAGUGUAAAUCAAUCUGAAUCUUAAGCUUUACUACAACCAAAUAAUAAAAUAAAGUGAAGGCUGGUAAUGUGAUUAUACAAGGUAAAGUUACCAUUUCUUAAUAUAAAGAAGAUAAGAAAUUAACAGAUUUUGAUUUUGUCAACCUAAUAUUAUCUUCAAAUUAUUUUUUUUCUGAUAUUUAUAUUCGCAAAACAUUCGCACAAAUUUCUCGAAUGCGAAUACGAAUGCGAAUAUGCAAAAAUAUGCGAAUAUUCGCGAAUGCGAAUACGAAUAUUCGUUACAUCACUAGUCUGUAAUGUAUCUGUGUGAUGUAACCUGCCCGUGAUCUAUUCUAACUAACUCCGUACGAGCCUCCAAAUUAAUCCCACCGCACACCAUUAUUGAGCCGCCACCAUACUGUAGAGUCCCUACAGUGUUACACUGUCCAUAGCGUUCCCCAGGCGUCCCCCAGGAAAAAAUACAGUACCUGGAUUCAUCGGUGAAUAAUAUUAAUCGUCAUUAUUCCAAUCUUCACGAGCAAAAUGCAAUCUUUACCUUCUAUGAUCUCUGGUCAAUAAUGAGCCAGUGGGUGGCCCUUCCAUCGUAUUUUGGCUGAUUCUAAAGUUAUAACGAUCCAAAAAUUCAUUUUGUAGAGAAGUACUGAGUACUGGUAACAAACCUUGUACUGGUCUCAGUGUACGAAGUCUAAGGUCAAAAACCGUUCUUGAUUGGAAACCCUUCUAUUCUACAACCUUGAUCGGAUUUUCUCGAGUUACUCCGGUAACAGUAAAACGUGUCAAGACUCUUAAAUUGGUUAACUGAGUGACUUUAAGCCGUUCAGCGAGUUCGACUUGACGGUAUCCUAAAAGAGUAACGAUUCUAAUACAGUCACUUUCUGACAAGAAUGUUAAAGUUUGCAAGAAUGAUAAAAACAUUUCACGGUUCUUUCGAUAAAUUUUACAGUAUACCGGAGAUAACAAUAAUAUAUUAUCACAAAAAUCGAAACAUUAAAAUUACUUAUUUGAUUUACCAGGAUUUUUAAAAUUAUGCGUUGAUUUUAGCUCGCAGUGUAUUACCUCCGAUUUCGGUGAACCUCCAUAGAUUUUCAUGAAAAUUGGUGAGUGGUUAGAGCAGUGGUGGGCAAACUUUUUUAAUGGGGGCCACAACGUUCAAGAAAUUUUAUAGGAGGGCCAGAAUUAUAGAACAAAUGCAUUUUGAGUUAAACCUGUAUAAUAUAUAUAUACUAUCCAUGUCGACGGACCCUCGGCGGGCCGGAUGUUAUACUUUCGCGGGCCGUACUUUGCCCAUCACUGGGUUAGAGGAUACCUCAAAAAACAAAAGUGACAUGGUACCAACUUGCGCUUUUACCGUGGAGGUGGAUGCCCCUUCUCGGGGGUGAAAAUUAUUUUAUUAAAAAUAUAACUAAUGGGAACGUGAAAUCGAUGCAUUUUAUAACAUACGUAUACUUACUAACACUUUUCUAAGUACUCAGAAAUACCUAUCAAAUGUGCUUCGGAAGCAGACGAUGAGCAUAAAAAUUUAUGGUCCAAAAAUUUUUCAAAAUUUAUGCUUCAAAAAAAUUUUUCCAAAAUAAUAUUGGUUUUUUAGAAUAACUCCGUUAAUAUCUAUGAUAUCAGAUUAGCCCUAAAACCAUUUUAAAGGUACUUUCAAGGGCUAUAAAAUCGUAUUAACCCUCGUAAGGCGGUGCUUAGAUUCUUACGUAAACAACGGUGCGGGGUGCAUUUGCACCCCAUCUCUAUAUCCAUUUUUUUAUAUGUGAACGUCGGAGAAAUUAAUUUGAAAGAUAAUUAGGACUUAUUUAUUAUAGUACAAAACAUAAUUUUACAAAAAAAGUACUCAUUUCUUCUUAAAAAAAAAUUAUGAUCGUCGCAAGACAAACACAUGAAAUUUUUCACAGAAUGAGCAACACAAAAAGUUUUUACACACAAUACAGUUAUGCCGGGACUUUCGGUCUUUUUUUCUCUGACAUAAGUAACACCGACCUUGUCCCGUAGCUCUGUUAGCUCCAGGUGGAACAUCAGAAACGUCCAAAUCGGGAUAAGAAAUUUUCAUCAUUUGCACCCAAGUCAUUUUUUCAAAAAAGCACGUAAACGCAAAGAAUUUUGAAUGCUAUAAUGGAUGGAAUACGUUUAGAAUUGAAUUUAAUACGAAUAAAAAAAUGGAUAAAAAUCAAAAAAAAUUAUUAAAAAAGAUAGAUGAGAAAAACUAGGUCUGGGGUGCAGCUGCACCCCGCACCGCCUUACGAGGGUUAAAUUUAAUCUUUUAAUCUUAUAAAUUUAUUUAAAAAAAGUUACAUGGUCCUCGCAGUAAAAUUUAGGCUUUAGACGUUUCUACUCGGUUAUUUUUUAUCCUACAAUAGAAAGAAUGAUCUUUGUUAAAAAAAACUCAAAUUUCGUUUUGUAUUAUUUUUUAUGUAUAUCGAGUAUUUUUUGAAUUACAUAUUAUCAAAAGAAUUUACAAAAAUUUUAAAAAUUUUGAUUUUUUAAAUCUUUUUUUUUUCAAAAAUAUGCAUUAUAAAGCGGUCAAAAUGUUUGAGGCCAUUACUUAUGCCUUACUUAUGCCAAAUUAAAGAAAGUCUUAUAGGGAUUACUAUGAAUUUUAAUUUGUAUGGAAAUGGCGUAUGUUUUAUUUUUCACUUUUUCCUAAAUAAUUCGAAAGGAUCCUCUUAUUUUCAUUAGAACUUGCUUAAUUUUAAUGCUAUUUACUUCUCAGCUCAUUUCAUAGGUUGGUAUUCCUUAGUACUUUGACAAGUUUUUAGUAACUCUAUGUUAUAAAAUGCAUCGUUUUCCCGUUAUAAGCUUGAAACCUUAGAUUUGAGUACUCGCUGAAAAAAAUGUACGUUCAAUUACCUAUAAUUCACUUUGCAUUAAUAUUGAGUUAGGUAAAUGUUUUUCAAGUAACGAAUUUAUUCGAUUUUUUAUUGACUUCAAUUUUGGUAAGGAUAACUUUCAUGUAAAAACAUAUGUUCAGAAAAAAAAAUCAUAAGCCAUGUUAACAAACUUACUUGUUUGUUUUCUUACAACAAUUUAUAGAUUAAAAAUCAUUACAAUCUUUAAAAAAAAACCCAAAAAAUUUUUUUUGGGGGCUUGAGACAAGGGUUAGGGUUAACAUUUUGCGCUGAAAUUUGAAAUUGAGGGUUUAUAGGCUACCCAUCACCACAAAACAGCCGGAGAGAUCAACACUUUUAAACUUUAGUUUUUUCGGAACACCCUAAUUCAGCUAGAUCUAGGAACUUUACGUACUUUACAACACAGUUACUUCAGUUAACAUACAAAGCCUUGUACUAAAAAUAUAAAAUAAUGAAUGUGAUGUGUGUAUGAAUGACCAAAAUUGCAUUUUUAACGUCGUCGACCAAAUAAUUAUUCGAAAUUCGAACUCAGGUAUUAACGAACGCAAUCAACAAUUUUUUUGUAAAUAUAGAACGAAAAAAAAUAAAGAUGCGCCAAUUUUGAGAGACGCAUAUCACAAAUUUUGUAUUAAAUAAGUUGUUAAAAAUGCAAUAGAGAAUUUUUAAGGCCCAUUUUGUCUCCAGUAAUUGUAGCGGUGUAUGAGAGAACUUUGAAACUUGUAAAUGGUAUAAAACACUGUACAGGGAGUGAUAUCAACAAUAUUUUAGGAUAUUCUUUAUUUUCAUUUUUCGCGUAAUAAUAAUAUCGAUUUUUAAAUACAGCACCUAGAGACUUGCAACUUUUUGCAUUAUGUUCAGGAUGCGGUCAGGAAAAAAUUUGACUAUACAAAAAUUGGUGGAAAUGUACAAUUGCAUCUACAUUGCAUAAAAUGCACAAAAAUGUCAAAAUAAGCAUAUUAAGGGCCAUAUUUUGCUACUCUAGGGUUUUUGGGGACGUUGAACACGACUACGCCAUCAGAAUCGAUCUCCGGAGCACCUGGUACCCACGGUCACUGCUAAGACACGUAAUGUGGAGGUUUUUGGAGUCUCUUAACACGAAUACACCAUCAGAACGGACUCCCGGAGCACCUGGUGCUGUGUCACUACUAAAGUACGUCAUCUUCUGGAGUUUCGAGGGGUUUCGGCGUUAAAUUGUUGCAAAUAGAUUGUUCGGGCGGUUUUUGAUGUUGCUGAAAACUAAUACGUCAUCAGAACCGACACCCGGAGACCUGAUGUCUAGGUUCAUGUCAUCUUAUGGAGUUUCGAUGGAUUUUCGCACUAAAUUGAUGCAAACAGAUUACACGAGGGGUUUUUGGUGUUACUGAACACGAAUACGCCAUCAGAAGUGACCCCCGGACCACUUGGCUCUUAAGGUUACUUCUAAGGCGUGCUAUAGUCUGGAGUUUGGAAGUACUUUGGACACCAGGUGUAACAAGGGUCGGUUCUGAUGGUGUUUUCUUGUUCAGUGACCCCAAAAACUCUCGAGUAAUCUGUUGCAAAAAUUCUCGAAACUUCAGAUGACGUGCCUUAGCAGCGAACCUGGGCACCACCAGGUGCUCCAGUGGUAGGUUCUUCAGCGACCCCAAAACCCAAAGCCUCUAGGUGCUGUAUUUAAAAAUUGAUUUAUUUUGUGCUAAAUGCCCUGGUCUAAAUGUUUUGAAACUGUUUUCUUGUGGCAUGUUUAAUUUAGUAUAUGUUUAUAUGGGAUUGAGCCACAAGAAUUGUUGGUGUAAUGAAAAUGACAUUUCUUAAAUAACUAUCGUUUGACGUUUCUAUUUCCAUUCCGGAAAUCAUCCUCAGAAAAUUAAAAAAAAAAAUUAGGUUUGAAAAUUCUGAGAAAAUUCUCAUAACCUGAUCUUCUUAGGUUAUGUGUACUUUCGAUACAAAUUAAAUUUUGGUCUCGAUCUUAUUAAGGACCCUGGCAAACCUGUGGGUGAAAAACAAUGUUUAAAAUGAUGUUCGUGCCACCAGGGGUAUCAAAUUCUGAUUGUUUUUGUGUAAUCUGUAUCGUAGAUGUGAUUGGAAAAAAAAUCAAAUUUAAAAUUAAAAUUACUCAUACAUUAGGUAAUUAAAAAUGUAAUUUUCAUUAUACCAAUAAUUGUGGCUCAUUCCCAGAUAAACAUAAUAUUAUGUACUUAAAUUAAACAUGCUACAAGAAAACAGUCUCAGAACUUUUUACUGACGUUUGGUCUGAGCCUAUUGCUUUGCCACUUUUGCUAUUUUUUAAUGCAAUUUUAAAUUCUUCUUUUAAUAUACUUAAAACCACACCAUCUUUCACUUCUACUUCCAUAUGUUCUAUUCUAUCCGCUGGGAGGAUUGACAUAGAAAUAGAGGGGAUAUGAUAUGUCUACAGUGCUUCUCAUGGUGACAUAGUUUGUAAGCCGUCCCCCACGGGAGAUAAAUUCAGUUCUUUUUCUUCAUUAUAUUUUCUUACCUUAGUAAUGAAAUACACCUCUUCUUUUCAACCAGAUCCUUUGGAAACCCAAAGAAUCUAUAGUUCAGUUUACUUCAAGAUGCACUAGAAAUAAACAAACCAAGACACGUUGAAUGUUACAAGGAGCAUUCAAAAAUCACGAUUUACAAUGUGUAUAUAUUGUAUAAAUUCCAAAUCAUGAUCUAAAAAGUUUAUGCAUUGUAAAUCAUGAUUCGGAAGUGCUCCUAUAGUUUAUUUUUUAACCAGGAGGAGUAAACUAAAAAGACAGAUUCACACCCAAGAAACUCACUAGAAUAAUAACCAAAUACAUCUUCUUUUUUGGUUGAUCUAGUCGGCCCUCAACGGUAAUCCAUAAAUAUUAUAUUAAAUUAAUACGUCGCUAAAGAGUUCCAAAAACAACUGCUUUUUAUAUAAAAGCAGAAUGACAAACUAAAAAUUAAAGGAAUAACACAGAAAACACAAAAAUCCCCGAUAUAACUUAAUUAACCUAUGUAAUGUCACUAGUGUCAAAAUUUGAUAAAUGUCAUUAGUGUCAAAAUUUGAUAACAGUGGAGUAAACUUGCCUGCGGUUGGACCAAUUACAAACAAGCAAUACAGCGCGGUAAAUUUGAAUCACUCCUCUUGGUUAAAAAACAAACCAUAGUAACAUUUAACAUGUCUUGGAUUGUUUAUUUCUAGUGCAUCUUGAUUGUGAUUUUAAUAUACAUACCACUCUUUCACUAUAGUGUUUACAAUCCGGGGCAAAGCACCAAUUACCAUUUUUAUUAUAUAAAAUACAAUGGUUCACAAAAGUUCCCAAUUUUUAUACUUAUGAAAUGAUUUGCAAACGACACCGCGAUCAUGGCUGAAAAUAUCGAAGAUCUUCAAUUCCUUAUAGAUCGAGUCACUAGAGAAUGCUCCAAUAACGGACUUAACAUAAAUGCAACAAAGACAAAGUUACUUGUGGUUAGUAAACAAGACGUCGGCCCUAUGCAACUAAUUGUCAGUGAUGAAUCAAUAACAAAAGUUACCAUUUUAAAUACCUAGGAUGUUGGAUAAACGAGACACUAAAUCCGGAUGAAGAAAUUAAAACUCGUAUAGAAAUUGCAAGAGGAGCAUUUAUGAAACUUAGAUCUAUUCUGAGCAACUCUCAGCUGAACUUACAACUAAGAAUCAAGUUCCUAAAAUGUUAUGUUUAUCCUGUAUUAAUAUAUGGAUGUGAAACCUGGAUCAUGAAGGUUAACAUGAUGAACAAAUUAGAAACCUUUGAGAUGUGGUCGUAUCGUAGAAUGCUCAGAAUAUCUUGGGUUCAACGCAUUUCAAACAGAGAAGUCUUAAACAGAGUAGGUCAAGGCAAAGGUGACUUAAUGAAGAUGAUAAAAAGAGAAAACUUGAAUAUCUGGGGCAUAUAAUGAGAGGUAGCAGAUACAGGAUGCUGCAGUUAAUACUCGAUGGAAAGAUCGACGGAAAAAGAGGAAUUGGUCGAAAGAAAUAUUCAUGGCUCCGAAACCUUCGUCAAUGGACUGGCUUAUCAGCAGAUCAGUUGUUAUGGCAAAUUGUUAUGGAAGCUACCCACGCCUAAAAAUUUGGGCACGGUACUUAAAGAAGAAGAAGAAAUGAUAAACAGUGAAAUCAAAGAAAGUUGGGUAAUUGAACUGAUCCUGUUGGGGAUUGGAACCUCUUUUCUAAUUUCUGGGUUACAGUCUGGCAUGAUUUCUCAGUUUUUUCUUUUACCUCUAUAUUUUACUUUUUAUUUGAACACAAUAUAACCAUUUUUCUCUUUAACAUUCUUAGUUAAUUUACAAAUCAUACACUCCUUAAUUUAAAGUGAACCAUGCAUAAAUUUAGAUCCAAUUUAGAAUUUUUAUUAAGUUUGCACUCACUUUUGGAAUUAUGCGAGUUUUCUUUUCAUCAUACAUAUUUAGAUUUAAUUUUUGAUAAUAUUGUGACGAAAGAGUUACCGCAAGUAACAGGUACCAUCUCGACAGCCAGAUAUCUACAGAAUAUCUUGAUGAAACGCGCGGCGAACGGCGAGGGGAACGAAUUUGCUCAAAGCUUUGGAAGUGAGGGCGUGCGAUGACUAGAGAUGGGCAGAGCAUUGUAGACUAUUUAAGCAGAGCGCGGUGUUAUUUAAGUUUAGUUAUAGAUAGAAUUCCGAAUUGUAACUUUGUAAAUAUAGUUUUAUAUAAAUCGAACUGUGAGUUUUAUUUUAACUGUAAUGUCGCUACAGUUGGUGUCAGGUGUGGGGUAAAAAUAAAAUAAAAGUGACUUUAAAAGACUUUUGAACUUUAUUCGUCGGGAAUAAUCGGAGUGCAUUAAUUGUUUGGUAUUCGGAAAGCCUUUUAAAAGAACAUUUGAAAAGUACGUGUGUGCCGACCAAAGAUGCUGCUAGUACAACUUUCCGUAAAACAGUUGCGUGAACAACUAUGGUUUGUUUUUAAAUCAGGAGGAGUGAUUCUUUACUGCGCCGUGAUGCUUGUUUGUAAUUGGUUCAACCUCGGGCAAGUUUAUUCCACUGUUAGCAAAUUUUGACACUAAUGACAUUUAUGAAAUUUUGACACUAGUGGGGUUUCACAGGUUAAUUAAUUUAUAUCAGCGAUUUUUUGUGGUCUCUGCAUUAUUCCUUUAAUUUUUAGAUUUUUAGUCUGCUUUUAUAUAAAAAACAGUUGUUUUUAGAACUCUUUAGCGAAGCAUUAGUAUAAUAUAAUAUUUAUGAAUUACCGUCGAGGGCCGAUAUGACAACCAAAAAAGGAGAUGUAUUUGGUGACUUUUCUAGUAAUUUUCUUGGGUGUGCAUCUGUCUUUUUAGUUUACUCCUCUUUGUUUAAAAACAAACCAUAGAGGAAAGCGGUGAAGAUGUCAGCGGGUCCAAGAAAUUCUUGCAAACACGACUCGGGGAUGUUCUCAAGAAGAAUGGAGAUGACCCUGAGACAUUCCGUUUUCAGUCAGCAGAAAAAGCAGUAUUAAAGAAAAUUGAAGAAAAGUUUACAAAAAAUAAUGAGAAGUUUAUUUGAUCCUUUUAGAAAGUUUCAAAUCUCUCGUCGAAUUUCUCAUUAUUUUUUGUAGACGUUUCUUCAAUUUUCUUUAAACCGCUUCUUCUGCUGACUGAAAAUGGAAUGUCUCAGGAUCAUCUCCAUUCUUCUUGAGAACAUCCCUGAGGCGUGCUUUCAGGAUUUUCGCGUUCCUCUAGUUGUUCACGCAACUGUUUUACGGAAAGUUGUAGUAGCAGCAUCUUUGGUCGGCACACACGUACUUUUCAAAUGUUCUUUUAAAAGUCUUUCCGAAUAGCAAACAAUUAACGCACUUCGAUUAUUCCCGACGAACAAAAGUCUUUUAGAGUCACUUUUAUUUUAUUUUUAGCCCACACCUGACACCAACUGUAGCGAUAUUACCGUUAAAAUAAAACUCUCAGUUCGAUUUAUAUACGACUAUAUUUAUAAUUCGGAAUUCUAUCUAUAACUAAAUUAAAAUAACACCGUGCUCUGCUUAAAUAGAUAAUAGGUUAUUUUCUAGAAUGCUCAGCCCAUCUCUAGUCAUCGCACGACAUCUCUUUCAAAGCUUCAAGCAAAUUUAUUCCCCUCGCGUUUCAUCCAGAUUAUUUCUGUAGAUAUAAAAAAAAGCUGUCGAGAUGGAACCUAUUACUUGCGGUAACUCUUUCGUCACAAUAUUAUUUGAUAAACUCCCUGUAUAUUCUACAUAAUGUACGAAAAUUUUAGCUUGUUCACCAUUUUAUGCAUGAUUAUUUUUGUUAACGAUUUUAAUUUAAUUUUAUAACAGAUAUUUUUAUAUUUUAUUUUGUUGAAAAUGAUGUGAUACUCUUGAUUUUUGAAUGUUCAUCUCAGUAUUUUAAAUUUCUAUAGUUUUUGUCAAAUGGCAGCUCAUUGCAAACUGGAAAUUGUACAAAAAAGACAAAAAUUUGUUGGCGGUAUGUCUGUGUGUGGAAUUUUUUACUAUUUUUAGACAAAAUUCAAAAUUGUUCCUAACAUUUAGGUAUAAUAAAAUUUCGAACUGCCAUUUUCUGACUUUGUAGCAAUAUCUUAAUAGUCCAUUUACUCACGGUUUUUGCUCAGAAUUUUAAAGUACCGCUUGGAUUGAAAACGACAUUUGACAUACACAUAGCUAACAUGUCAAAGAAAAAAAAUGAUAUUGUGCCAACGUGUGCUUUUGCCCUGGGGGUAAGUACCACUCUUUUCCGAGGGUGGAAAAACAUACGUUCAAAAUAAGUCCGGAAGUGGAUAAACUGACUAAUUCUAAGCAACUUGUAUUCCAUAGAGUUUUUUUCUCUACGUUAAUACUUUUCGAGUUAUUUGCGACUACAUCAUUUUUCAAAAAAAAACACGUUUUUAGACGGUUUUUAAUAUAGCCCAAAAAAGGUAGAAAAAAUGGUGCUGAAGUCUAGACCCAGUAGAAGCAGAGUUGUAGCUAAUGAAACGUAGGUUCUUAUUCGUCAAAUUCCAAAUCGACGAGAAAUGACCAAAAAAUACCUUUUCGAGGAAAACUCAUCACAACAUUUUUUAAAGUGUUUACAUCUCAACAUGAUUGUUAAUUUUGAAAAAAGUUUCUAGCAUCAAAAGUAAGCAAGUUACCCUCAAAAGAAAGUUCUCUUUUAUUUUGGUAAAAAAAUCGUGAAAAUCACCCCCCAUUAGCAUCCCAAAUGAAAUUAAUCGUUACCGCUUCACAAGUUACUUUACUUAUGUAUUGUUUAUAUGAUCUUUAAGAUUCAUCGGUUCAAAGUGCUUAUUUUCGAAAAAAUUGGGUUUUAAAAGUAAUUUUUUACUUCGGUAUUCGGUAUCUAAAGACAAUCAAAUGAUGGGUUAUAUCCCCUCGCAUUUAACAGAAAAAAGGUGUUGUAAGACCAGUUGAUCAAUAUCUAACAGAAAACGUUCCUAUUAAAAUUAUAAAAUCAGAGUCUGCUGGUCUUAUAGUUCAGAGAAUGUUUCGGAAAGUGGCAAAAUACGGAGUGAUUGAGAAAAUCCCUCGUCAAAUGAUAAUAGUUACAUUCGCAGGUAAUAAAAUUUUCUCAAUUUAUCUAUAUAAAUAAAGUCAGAUGUUCCGUCGACAUGUAUGUUCAUCCUGUUAUGCAGUGUUGCAAUGUAAGGGGAAAAAGAAAUGCGGAAACUGCGGCAAAGAAAACAAUAAUAAUUUGAUUACUUUUACUGCUAGAAAAUUUUUAAAAAAACAAAAAGCUGUUUAAACACUUAAAAAAGUUGUGAUGAGUUUUCCCGGAAAAGCGCUUAAUUUUUUCCUUAUUUCACGUUGAAAUAUUCGAUUUGGAAUUUAACGAAUAAGAACCUACUUUUCAUUAGCUACAGCUCGGCUUCUACUGUGUCUACAGACUUCAUACAUACACCAUUUUUUUCACUUUUUUAUAGGCUAGGAAUAUUUUUUUCGAUAAAAUACUUACUUUUUUGUUCAACAAAAAACGUGCUUUUUUUGUUGAAAAAUGAACAUAUUCACUAGCAAAUAACUCGAAAAGUAGUAACGUGAAAAAAUUCUAUAGAACAAAAGUUGCUUAGAAUUAGUCAGUUUGUCCACUUUCGGACGUAUUUUGAACGCAUUUCAUCAUUUUCCGAGAAGAUUGGGUACUCACCCCAGGGUAAAAGCACACAUUGGCACGAUAUCACUUUUUUCUUUGAUUUGUUAGGUAGGUGUAUGUCCAAACUUCAUGUCAAUCCAAGCGGCUGUUUAAAAUUCGGAAGUUUUGCAAUAUUUUACCGUGAGUGAAUGGACUAUCGUGCAGACAGGCAUACUUCUAUCCAGAUUUUAUCGAGAUUGUUGAAUUUGUUAUUGAAUUAUAUAUUUUGUGAUCUCAAAAUAUGUAAGAAUGCUGUUGACUGUACUUUAUAAGCUAUAGAUAAGUUUGUGUGUGUUACAUAUGUUCAUAGCUAUUAUUAAUAUACACAAAUUAUUUCUUAAAUAUAUAUUUCUGAAUUUUAUGUGUCAAACAACAAAUAAAAUGAAUUAAUUUAUA